AGUGCCACCUAGAUGACAACGAGGACAGCGUGAGGGUUAAGCAUUGCAUCCGUCGUUUGCAAGCCUGUUGAUUUAGCUAAUUCACCGGGUGUCUAAAAGCCAGAUGCUUAGAGUUAAUAUAGUAUCACAAACUUUGUGGAAAUGCCGUAAUAUGGAAACCUGAUUUAAGUUAUGACUUGGAUGCCCAAGGCUUAUCUUGCAACCUGAGGAAACUUGGGACUGAAGAAACGAAAAUAACUAGUGCUCUUUGUAUGAUAAAGUUGUAGCUAUAGCUGACAGAUUUUAGCCUACUUUUUGUUGGCAACGGUGCGGAAAAGCUUUUCUCGAGAAACCUUCUUUGUUACACCUAAAACUAACAGGCUAAUUCUUUAAAAAUACUUUUUGAAUUCGGUCACAUUGACAACCAGCGUGGAAAAUAAUUUACGUAUUGCGAGGUAAACCUGUAACUGAGAGGAUUUCUUCCACAGCCGUGUGCAAUUUCAAGACAAACAAAAUGUUGUUGUUGAGAAGUCAGGCACCUCCGUGUCCUUGACAAUGGAAAAUAAAUCAGUGGCUAGGCACGUCAAAUCAAAAAACAUCCAGGACUACUUCAGAAGAGUUCAACAACAAGGAUUUGAGGGGAGUAGUCCACGAGCAAGCAACAACUCGAAUAUGCCACCAUGUCACGUUGGAACAUAUUGGAACAUGGAAGUUUCUGGUUUCAAAAAGCUGCAACAACAAAAGGUCAACAACAAAAGAAAACGACAAAAAUCUUCUAGUUUCCUAAAGGAUAAACCCUCAGAGCGCACUGGAAUUAUAGUCAUUUCAGAGUCAAGCAACUUCGGUGAUGACAGUGUUCAGGUUAACGGCACCACAGUUGAGUCAAACCUUGACAGAACAAUAACCGAAGCAGACACAAUACCAAAACAUGGGGCCGAGGAGAAGAUGUUUGCAUCUUAUUUUACUAAGAAAGAGCACUUGGAGAGUGAAGGGACUCAAACAGGGUUUGACAAACAGCAUCAACAAACUAAAUCAAAUGCGGUAGGCCUGUCUAUCAAGCAGGGUUUAGAAUUAGAAGUCACCGAGUCGAAUUCAGCCUAUCAGACAAUGUCAACUACCCACUCUGUCUGGACAGAGGAAUUUUCUGGACCGGUCCAAAAGAGAUGCCUUUUAGAAAUACAAGAGUCAAACCCUGUGUUCCCAGUCAAAAGAAUCUUUGCCGCACUACAGAACAAAUACAAGGAACACAGUAAAGUGUUAAAAUAUCCUGGAGUAGCUUUGAGCAACCCUCCAUCCAUGCUAAACCCAGCGGGAGCCAAGCGGAAACGUCAUAACAACGAGAGAGGAGACUCGGAGAAGCUUCCCAAGCGCUGGAGGUACAACUUGGAGGAGAUGGCGCAGAAGGAGACCAUUACCCUGGUCCGUGGUUCCCCUUCCGAAUCAGCCAGUAGGAGCUCCGUGGUGCUUCCAGCAAGAGGGCAGCCUGGGAAGUGCAGGCUGAGCCGGACUCACAGGCUCAGGCAGCUGAGCCUCUGCCUGGGUCCGAGUGAUGUACCAAAGCCUGCUCAGUCACAUCAACCAGACUCUGAUGGCGCAACUCUAAGCUGCCACAGAAGAGAUAAACGCAUUGAGGAUUUGCUUUGGACGGACAAGUACUGCCCUCAGAACUCAAGCGAGGUCAUCGGCAACUCCACAUCAGUGAAGAAGCUCCACAGUUGGCUCAAGAGGUGGAAACUGCGAGCGGAUUGUGAAGAGAGGAGAAGGGAGCUGGAGAAGAGACAGGAAGAUGACAGCAACGACUCGUGGGACUGCGGGGACUUCCAGGGAGAAGCCUGUGUGGAAGAGGAGGGAGAAGAGCUGUCCACCACCAUGCUCAUCACAGGCCCCCCCGGGGUGGGGAAGACGGCCUCUGUGUACGCCUGUGCCCUGGAGCUGGGCUUUAAGGUGUUCGAGGUGAACGCUUCCUGCCAGCGCAACGGUCGCCAUGUGCUGACACAGCUGAAAGAGGCUACCCAGUCCCACCUGGUGGACAUUCAGGGACAAGCCCUCCUCAAACCCACUUACCUCAGGAACAACAGCUCCACCAAACCUGACACCUUGUCUGGGACAGAAACCUCCUCAAGAAAGCUUGUCUCAUCAUCCAGGAAGUUUCCCAGACAGAACUCUUGCAGUACAAGGCAUAAAGGAAAGGGCAAUCAAGCUGCCAUCACACUGGCCAACUUCUUCAAGAUGAAGAGCAAAGCAGAGAGUAUCGCUGUAGACGGUCUGUCAUCUAAAAACACAGAUAUCCAGACUUCCUCGAACUACCCGUCACCAGACAAUGAAGAACCAGCAACCGGGAAACAGAAUAAAAUGACGACCACAUCCCUUAUUCUCUUUGAAGAGGUCAAUAUCAUAUUUGAUGACGAUGUGGGAUUCCUCUCGGCGAUCAAGACUUUUAUGUCAACGACCAAAAGACCUGUGAUCCUGACGACAGACGAUCCUUCAUUCCGUACAAUAUUCAACGGCAACUUCGAAGCGGUUCUUUUCAAAACGCCCUCAACGGUGAACACAUGCAGCUACCUGAGGCUAUUGUGUCUGGCCGAGAACAUCAGGACGGAGCAUGGUGACAUCACUUCCCUUCUUGAGGUGACCAGUGGUGACAUCAGACGUGGCGUGUUGCAGGUGCAGUUGUGGGGCAGUAGUAGAGAGAAGCGGAGCCCUCAGACGGAAGCUCCGGAAACUUCCAAUGUUCCUGUCACGGUGGACCCCAAGUCUAAAGACCGCAUGCCUCUAUGCCAUCUUCCUCAUUGUGAGCUGGGAUGUACUCCAAGCAUGUUGGGUCUUCUGAAUGCUGGCCUCAGACAAGAGCUGGUGAACUUUCAGAAAUCCUGGAUGGAUCCAGAAGUUAUCAAGCUCAUGGAGGUGCUUAGAGAGAGUUGGAGGAGAGGCGUUCCUCUGCUGUACUCAAACCUGGAGUUCCUCUCACUCUCAACAGCCCGAACCCAGCCUGCUUCACUCUCCAUCCCAGAGGAAGUGGCUCAAACUGGGCCACGGAAUAAUCCAAGACCGGCCGACAUCCACCCCCAGACUCCAGAGCUAAGCUGCACCGCCCCAACCAGGACCUCUUCUAGACUGAGUAGAAAGAAACGCACCCGGGUAUCCGACCCCGGGUCCAUUCACAGCGUGUCACCACACAGAACCUCGCUGUCGUUGAACAUUCAUUCAAGGACCUCUAGCACUAAUGACAAGCCUACGACUUUAAACCAGGCACGGAGGCUUGAAUCCCAGAGUUUAGGUGCCCUAGCUGACUUCAUGGACCUCAUGUCCCACCUAGAUUCUACCCUUCCCACCCCAGUCCUUCACCCAGCCGGCCCAUGUGGAUCAGGAGAGUUUAUCUGGACAGGGGCCCGGGUGAAAGACGGACUGCUGGAUGAGAUGCGAGAGGAGGAGCAUGGGAGUUGUAGUGCGGAGAGGGUGUUGGAGAUCCAGGCUGCUCUUGAAGCGUUGGCCUUUCACACGUGCCACACUGUGGUGUCAGGGGUUUGGGGGAGAGGGCAGGAUUUGGGGGAGGGGUGUAGGGAUGGGGUCACAGAGGAACUCACUUCUCCUGUCGCUCCACACAGACAGAUUUUCAGCUUCACUCACACUUCAAUUUUGGAACCAAGUGUGAGCCAAAGAAGAUACGACAUCAACAAGAUUGUCUUCUCAAGCAGAGCCUUUUCUACCAUGGGCAACAAGCAGGCUAUUGCAGUGGACUACCUGCCUAUCCUCCGCACCAUCUGUCAGUCGCAAAGAUCCCAGGAGCAGGCCGGCGGCAGGUUUCAGCAUUACUUCAGCCGUAUUCAACUUGGACUCUCAAAAUCAACCAUCCAGCUCCUUGCCGAAGACUUUCCUUAAUGACCUGGGCAUCUUAAUUGUGUGGUAAUACAAUGGUGUUGAUUCUAUGAAAUAAGUAGCACUGAAAAAUACGAUACAACCCAUGAAAAUGUGAAUAAAAUUAAGUAUUUUCUUUAUGUAACAGUACUGUGAGUUGGCAUGUAUGUCUGAGGUCUGAGAUUUCAGUGUAGAACACAUGUUGAUAAAGCAAUAGGCUUUGUGAAACAUUCUUUUCAUAACAUCCGUCUUUUACAAUAUUGAAAAUCAAUGCACCAAAACAGAAGGUAAAUAACGAGUCUUGUUCUAUUCCAGAGUACAUUUGAACAAAUAUUUAGAAUAUUUAAAUAGUCCAUUCAAAUCUCCCAUCAAGGAUUUUUUGGGGGUGAAAUCUACCAGCACUGAGGUAAAGGUCCCAUUUUAACUCGGUUCAUUGAGCAGCUCAUAAAACGCCACUGCCUGCAGCAGCGCGUCGCUCAUCUCCUCUCGUGUGUUCCCCAUCUGGAACGCGUCCCUGUACUUCACCAGCAGGUGCGUGGGGAACUUCACCCUCGGAGACUUCUGCACCGACGACUCGCUCAUCAUUUGUUGCACCAACUGGGAACCGCUGGUGCGCGACUCGCGCA